CCCAUUCAUCAACUUGGACCUUCUCAUUUUAAACUCGUGCUUCAUUUACCGGACCCACUUUAUCGAACACCAGAGACACCCUUCUUAAAUUUCAACCGCUUCGCUUCUUUCACCUCAAACUUCUUUGACGCAUUUCGUCGAACACCUUAAUGGCGUCCAUGAGUUCGACGUUGUUUGUGAUCGAUCACAAUGCAAUUGAAAGAAGUGCUAAUUUGAACAAUCGUGGUCGGUACUGGGUACCCUUGUUCGCGCGUAAGUCGCCCAGAAAGUUGGUUACCGAUUUGACAUUUGUAUGUGAUACUGAGUGUGGUGGUAGAGUACGGAGGAUUAAUGCAACCGGAAAAGUUAGCUCCGGUGUUGAUGGUGGUCGGGAUAUAAACGAUGGGCUUCAAGUUACGACUGGAAAAAGUGUGAAGAAAGCUGUGACGCAAUCAGAUCUACAGGCGACAGUUGAAACAAGGAAAACCUUUCUGAGUGAACACUACUACACUCCUAGCCAUCUAUCUAAUAUCCCUAUUGAUCCAGUUGAAGAUGAAAGCCAAAGCCGACUAUCCGUGGUUAACGGUGAACAUAAAAACAAGACCAACGUCGAAUCAACACCUGAUAACCCUUUGAACAAAGAUGAAUACAAUUUAACAAAUGAGAUGUUAGAAGAUACAGGUGAAUCUAUACUAGACGAAUCAGAUGUUCCUUCAAGUGAUGAUGGGGAUGUUGAACCCCCUCCUUUAGCAGGCCCAAAUGUAAUGAAUGUCAUAUUGGUUGCAGCUGAAUGUGCCCCCUGGUCUAAAACAGGUGGUCUUGGAGACGUUGCUGGCGCGUUACCAAAGGCCUUGGCUCAGCGCGGGCACAGAGUAAUGGUAGUUGUACCGCUGUAUGGUGAUUAUAGUGAACUUCAAGAUACAGGAGUUAGGAGGCGUUAUAAAGUUGGUUGGGAGGAUGUGGAUGUGCAGUACCUUCAAACAUAUAUUGAUGGUGUAGAUUUCGUUUUUAUCAGAUGUCACAUGUUUAACAACUUGGGAAAUAAUAUAUACGGAGGGAAUCGCGAGGAUAUUCUACGACGCAUGGUUUUAUUCUGCAAAGCAGCCGUUGAGGUUCCUUGGUACGUGCCAUGUGGGGGCGUAUGCUAUGGAGACGGAAAUUUGGUUUUCAUUGCAAACGAUUGGCACACCGCGUUGUUGCCUGUUUAUCUAAAGGCAUAUUAUCGUGACAACGGCUUGAUGCAAUACACAAGAUCCGUGCUUGUGAUCCAUAACAUAGCUCACCAGGGGCGUGGUCCGGUUGAUGAUUUCAGUCACGUGGAUCUACCACCACACUACUUGGAUCUUUUCAGAUUGUAUGAUCCUGUAGGAGGUGAGCACUUCAACAUCUUCGCUGCGGGUCUCAAAACAGCCGAUCGUGUAGUAACAGUGAGUCACGGAUACGCGUGGGAACUAAAGACCAGCGAGGGCGGUUGGGGUCUACACAACAUAAUUAACGAAAACGAUUGGAAACUAAGAGGUAUUGUCAACGGAAUCGACACAAAAGAUUGGAACCCUGAAGUUGACCUUCACCUGACGUCAGACGGUUACACGAAUUACUCUUUAAGCACACUUGAUACCGGCAAGCCACAAUGCAAGGCUGCCUUGCAAAAAGAGCUUGGUUUACCGGUUCGUGAUGAUGUUCCGCUAAUUGGAUUCAUUGGACGACUGGAUGUUCAAAAGGGCGUUGACUUGAUAGCUGAAUCUGUUCCGUGGAUAGUUGACCAGGACGUACAACUGGUCAUGUUAGGUACAGGCAGGCCAGACCUUGAACAAAUGCUUAGGGAAAUGGAGAACCGUUAUCCAGAAAAGAUUCGAGGAUGGGUUGGGUUCUCGGUCAAAAUGGCUCACCGGAUCACCGCUGGUGUGGAUAUAUUGCUAAUGCCAUCGAGAUUCGAGCCAUGUGGGCUUAAUCAGCUAUAUGCCAUGAGCUAUGGAACCAUACCUGUUGUGCAUGCUGUGGGUGGGUUAAGAGACACGGUGCAGGCGUUUGACCCUUAUAACGAGUCAGGGGUAGGAUGGACAUUUAACCGAGCUGAGGCUGGUCAGCUGAUCCAUGCACUCGGAAAUUGUUUGUUGACUUAUAGGGAGUAUAAGCAGAGCUGGAAAGGGAUUCAGCAACGCGGGAUGACACAGGAUCUCAGUUGGAACAAUGCUGCUCAAAACUACGAGGAAGUUUUUGUUGCCGCUAAGUUCCAAUGGUAAAUUUGGUUCAAAUCGACAAAUGUAUGUAGAAAUGUCAGAGGUAUAAUCAAGAAGAAACCAACAGAUUCAUGAAACAUAUCUUGAUGAUAUAUAUCAUUCAAUAGGGAACUAAUUUUAGUUAGAGAACUACAAGAAGCGCAUAGACGCCUAUACCUAUUGCUUUAAGUGUAUACAUAAGACGGUUAUUGGUCACCACUACGAACAAGUGUUUAUGUGAAUCUCUACUUAAAAUUGGUUAGGUGUUGAACACUCCCUUGUAUA